CUUUCUUCAGAAAGCAUGGUCUGUCUUUCUUUUUUUCGAUACAUUUUCGAUGUCUUCAUUUUUUUCGAUACACAAAUCUACCUACCCUUAAAACAGAGUCGAUAUGGUGAUGAAACAGAGCCCUCUUUCAUGGUGACAUUUCCUGCAUUGAUCCUGUCAGGAUCUGAAGCUAAACUGUGUGCAAGUCUCCUGAAGCCCAAUGAAAGUCUUGUAAUGACCGUUCAUCUAGUGAAGGAUGACCAGAUCACAUUAUUACUGCAGGAGAAAACAGAUGAAGAGUUUCAUCGCUGCUUCAACUUCAAGGCUCCAUUGGUGGAAGGAGAAUCAGUGCAGAAAAUAAAGGCUGAAAUUAAAGGGGAGUCUUUCAAGAUGACUGAAGAGAGAAAAGUUAUGUUUAGACAUUACAAUCCUUUGACCUUUAUCCAGACAGAUAAACCCAUCUAUAAUCCAGGACAAACAGUACAUUUCAGAGUUGUUACCAUGGAUUCAAAUUUUGUACCCCUUGAACAACAGUACAGUACAGUGGUGCUUGAGGACAAUCAAAAUAACAGGAUCGGUCAAUGGACCAAUAUUUCCUCAACACGAUGGAUAUUGCAGCGUUCUUAUGACUUAAACCCUGAAGCGCGUGAGGGAACGUACAGACUGAGUGCUCACAUCGGUGAAAGUCUGAUAACAUCUUAUUUUCAGGUGAAAAAAUAUGUUUUGCCAAAGUUUGAAGUUACUAUAAAAGCACCAGAUAGUGUGAGUGUGGCUGAUGAGAAAAUGACUAUUGAAGUUUGUGGAAAAUACACUUAUGGGCAGCCUGUCUCUGGAAAAUCAUGGAUAAAAGUGUGUCAUAAUCCUUCACAUUACUCCAGUGGAAAUAUAAUCUGUUUCACUGAAACCGCUGAGAUAAAGGAGACGGGCUGUGCCGUUCAUUCUUUUAAUGCAUCGGCCUUCAGCAACAUUACAAUAAACAAUCAAUUUUACAAUCAUCUUAAUGUUGAUGUGAAAGUAACAGAAGAAGGAACAGAGACCACCAUGACAAAAUCAGAAACUGUAUCCCUCACUUAUGAAAUUGGACGUUUGGCAAUUACAGACCUACCCACGACAUAUAAACACGGAUCAGUCAUAAAAGGAAAAAUCAAGGUUACAGAUUUGAAAGGAACACCAAUUCCAAACAAAGAGGUUUAUCUCUUCAAGGGGAGGCACUGGUCCCCAAAUCUGCUCUUUAAUCUCACUACAGAUGACAAUGGACUGGCAGCAUUCUCACUUAAUACAUCUAGUCUGCCUGAAAGUGAUCUUAAUCUGAUGGCAAGCGUAUAUCCAGGAUUUCAUGUAAAUAACUACGGCAAGCCUCACUUCCCUACAGAUCAAAAAGAAGUUUCAAUUUUCCAGCCCGCAGCCCCAAAACUUCCAUAUAUCCCAUAUACCCCAUCAUUUAGUGAACUGACUAUAGACAAUCUUAAGGAACCCUUAAAGUGUGAUGCUGCGCUUCCAGUAACCAUUAAUUAUCAUUUCAUUGGAGAAGCCAUUGAUAACUUCAACACUGACAUUGUCUAUAUGGUCUUGUCCAGAGGUGUGAUAGUUCAUCAUGGAUAUGAGAAGGUUGAAGUGAAGACUUCUAAUGGAGCAGCGAAUGGCACAGUGUCAUUCAAACUGUCUGUUACAGGAGAUCUGACUCCAGUAGUGCAGAUACUUGCAUACUGUGUUCUGCCCAGUGACAAUGUAGUUGCUGCGAAUAAAAACUUCAACACUGAAAAGUGUUUUAAUAACAAGGUGUCUCUUCAGUUUUCUCCUGCUACAGCAGUUCCAGGUGAAGCAAACACAAUACAGCUGUCAGCUCAGCCUGGUUCAUUGUGUGCUCUCAGUGCUGUAGAUAAAAGUGUUCACAUCUUGGAUCCAGAAAAACGUCUGGAUGUUGAUAAGAUUUUUAACCUUUUGCCAGUGGAUUCGGUGUCAGAAUAUCCACACCAGACUGAAGAUGAGCAACCAUGUUUGCAUGUUAGACCCCGUCGAGCUGUGGGAAUAGAUCACGCCUAUGAAUCCUUAAAGAAAGUGGGAUUAAAAAUGGCAACAAAUUUGGCUGUGCGAGAACCUCAGUGUCUAACAUACAAGGGCAUGACUUUUCACAGACACAAUCCUCCAAAAAUGUACAGCUAUCCUAUGCUUGGACUAGGUGGUAAUUUUGGAGGUCCUCAAGUAACAGAACGAAGUUUCUUUCCAGAAACAUGGAUUUGGCAACUUUCUGAAGUUGGGGACUCUGGAUCAACACAGUUUCCUGUCAAGGUUCCUGACACCAUCACCACCUGGGAGACGGAUGCUUUCUGUCUGUCCUCCAAAGGUUUGGGUUUGGCUCCUCCUGCUCAGCUGACAGUUUUCCAGCCCUUCUUCCUGGAGCUUUCUCUGCCUUACUCCAUCAUCCGUGGGGAGAUCUUUGAACUGAAGGCUACCGUCUUUAACUAUCUGUCCAAAUGUAUCAUGGUUAAAGUAACUCCAGCUCCAUCUUCAGACUUCACUCUUAAAGCCUCCUCUGAUGAUGACCAGUAUUCAUCCUGUCUGUGUGCUAAUGGAAGAAAAACCUUUAAAUGGAUUCUCACUCCUUCUGUUCUUGGAGUGUUGAAUAUAACAGUGAGUGCAGAGGCAGAGCAGUCACAGACUGUGUGUGACAAUGAGAUUGUGAGCGUGCCAGAGAGAGGACGCAUUGACAUAGUUACUCGAAGUCUCCUUGUACAGGCUGAAGGGACUGAAAAGACAGAGACUCACAGCUGGUUACUGUGUCCAAAGGGUUUGUUAAUAUUUAAUGCUUGGCCGCUUAGAUUUUCGCUUUCCACCAGGCUUAGCGGGCUGAGCGGGCGGGGGCUGGCUGCUGACGGCCGGUUCCUCGCUUUCUUGGACGGCCCCGAUGAGGAACGGAGGCGGCCGCCGCUGCAGGACGCCCUCGGCAAGGGGCAGACUGAGGUGCCGACGUCGACGGGGCAGGAACUAAGGAGACCUGAGAAGAUUGCGUUGCUCAUAAGUCACAGAGAGGGGAGACUUGCCCCACAAAGGGUGAAAGUUGUGGAAGAUCUUGUCUUGUGGGAGAGUCUUCUUGGAAAGAGAGUGGGCGGAGCCCACCCUGAUCUGUUUGAGCAAGUGGACAUGGCGGCAAAUGAAUCAAAGAUGCACUUUGCUCGUUCUAUGAGAACAGCUGCCAUCAAAUAUGAGGAUAUCCCUGCUGAAAUCCCCUUCAUGACAAAGGCACUUUACAUUCAAGACACCAUAGUUGAAGCUAGGCGUACAGCCACAACUCACCGCAACUUCCUUGAGUGGUGGAAAUGGGAUAGUGUCGGUGCAGCCUGCGAGCCAAAAUGUGGUGGAUGUCGCUGUGGGAUUUGUCAGCCUGGAGGAAAGAAGAUGACCUCUGAGGAGAUGAACACAGCAAGUCUCCACAUUGGGAUUGGCGUUGAGGCCACCUUCUUAAGAACUGAGAAAAGGCUCAGGAAGGAACCAGAGUGGCUUGCUGCUUACACUGCUCAAGUCCAUGAGAUGGUUGAGCGCGGAGCUGCGAAGAGACUCACAAAGAAGAUGAUUGAGGACUGGAGAGGACCAGUUUGGAUGCUGGAGAAAGACAGCUAUGUGGAUGAUGUCCACACAUCCCACAAUGAUGUAAACAGACUUAGCCAAGUGACCAAGGAGAUUGAGGAGAUUCUGCAAGCAGGUGGUUUUUCUUUGAAGCCAUGUGUCCAGUCUGCGCAAAGUGGAAGGCAGGAAAAUGGAGUGAUAGACUUCAUGAAAAGAACGUUUUUUGAGACGCACAAAACGCUUGUCCUGCCAAAUCAGAUGAGAAAUGAGGACAACAAGGCAUUAGGCAUUAGGUAUCUAGCACAGGAAGAAAAACUCUAUAUGGUGGCAUCAAUCAAUUUCAACUUUUUCGGGGCCAAACCUGCACUUGAAGACCUGUAUCAGUUCCUGGAGUACCUGGAAAUAUCAGGAGUGGAGGAAAAGGCGGCCAAGCAUGGCACAAAGUGCACCUGGAAGAUCCAUCUUGCAGACUCACCUCAUAGAAAUGGAGCAGCCGAGGCAGCAGUCCGGACUGUAAAGAGAGCACUUCCGAAUGUAGGUGGCAAUGUAGUCUUCACAUGGGGAGAAUUUCAGACGUUUGUGUAUAUGGCAGCCAAUCCGGCCAAUGAGAGGCCUGUAGAUGCGAGAGCACAAUCCCAAGAGGAUUGUGUGGAGUAUAUUACUCCAAACUCCUUUCUGCUGGGACGGGCGAGCUUGAAAGGAGACCCAGGUGAGCGUUACCCUUACAAAAGGCUGAGAGUGAUCCACUGGAUGAUCGAUCAUUAUUCUGUCAUGAUGGCUCUUACUGCUGGUUGUUUUUGGAAAGUACUCCUGCUGCUCUCUUUUCUCUUCAUUUCUAUAAAUGGACAAUCAGAGCCCUCUUUCAUGGUGACGUUUCCUGCAUUGAUCCUGUCAGGAUCUGAAGCUAAACUGUGUGCAAGUCUCCUGAAGCCCAAUGAAAGUCUUGUAAUGACCGUUCAUCUAGUGAAGGAUGACCAGAUCACAUUAUUACUGCAGGAGAAAACAGAUGAAGAGUUUCAUCGCUGCUUCAACUUCAAGGCUCCAUUGGUGGAAGGAGAAUCAGUGCAGAAAAUAAAGGCUGAAAUUAAAGGGGAGUCUUUCAAGAUGACUGAAGAGAGAAAAGUUAUGUUUAGACAUUACAAUCCUUUGACCUUUAUCCAGACAGAUAAACCCAUCUAUAAUCCAGGACAAACAGUACAUUUCAGAGUUGUUACCAUGGAUUCAAAUUUUGUACCCCUUGAACAACAGUACAGUACAGUGGUGCUUGAGGACAAUCAAAAUAACAGGAUCGGUCAAUGGACCAAUAUUUCCUCAACACGAUGGAUAUUGCAGCGUUCUUAUGACUUAAACCCUGAAGCGCGUGAGGGAACGUACAGACUGAGUGCUCACAUCGGUGAAAGUCUGAUAACAUCUUAUUUUCAGGUGAAAAAAUAUGUUUUGCCAAAGUUUGAAGUUACUAUAAAAGCACCAGAUAGUGUGAGUGUGGCUGAUGAGAAAAUGACUAUUGAAGUUUGUGGAAAAUACACUUAUGGGCAGCCUGUCUCUGGAAAAUCAUGGAUAAAAGUGUGUCAUAAUCCUUCACAUUACUCCAGUGGAAAUAUAAUCUGUUUCACUGAAACCGCUGAGAUAAAGGAGACGGGCUGUGCCGUUCAUUCUUUUAAUGCAUCGGCCUUCAGCAACAUUACAAUAAACAAUCAAUUUUACAAUCAUCUAUAUGUUGAUGUGAAAGUAACAGAAGAAGGAACAGAGACCACCAUGACAAAAUCAAAAACUGUAUCCUUCACUUAUGAAAUUGGACGUUUGGCAAUUACAGACCUACCCACGACAUAUAAACACGGAUCAGUCAUAAAAGGAAAAAUCAAGGUUACAGAUUUGAAAGGAACACCAAUUCCAAACAAAGAGGUUUAUCUCUUCAAGGGGAGGCACUGGUCCCCAAAUCUGCUCUUUAAUCUCACUACAGAUGACAAUGGACUGGCAGCAUUCUCACUUAAUACAUCUAGUCUGCCUGAAAGUGAUCUUAAUCUGAUGGCAAGCGUAUAUCCAGGAUUUCAUGUAAAUAACUACGGCAAGCCUCACUUCCCUACAGAUCAAAAAGAAGUUUCAAUUUUCCAGCCCGCAGCCCCAAAACUUCCAUAUAUCCCAUAUACCCCAUCAUUUAGUGAACUGACUAUAGACAAUCUUAAGGAACCCUUAAAGUGUGAUGCUGCGCUUCCAGUAACCAUUAAUUAUCAUUUCAUUGGAGAAGCCAUUGAUAACUUCAACACUGACAUUGUCUAUAUGGUCUUGUCCAGAGGUGUGAUAGUUCAUCAUGGAUAUGAGAAGGUUGAAGUGAAGACUUCUAAUGGAGCAGCGAAUGGCACAGUGUCAUUCAAACUGUCUGUUACAGGAGAUCUGACUCCAGUAGUGCAGAUACUUGCAUACUGUGUUCUGCCCAGUGACAAUGUAGUUGCUGCGAAUAAAAACUUCAACACUGAAAAGUGUUUUAAUAACAAGGUGUCUCUUCAGUUUUCUCCUGCUACAGCAGUUCCAGGUGAAGCAAACACAAUACAGCUGUCAGCUCAGCCUGGUUCAUUGUGUGCUCUCAGUGCUGUAGAUAAAAGUGUUCACAUCUUGGAUCCAGAAAAACGUCUGGAUGUUGAUAAGAUUUUUAACCUUUUGCCAGUGGAUUCGGUGUCAGAAUAUCCACACCAGACUGAAGAUGAGCAACCAUGUUUGCAUGUUAGACCCCGUCGAGCUGUGGGAAUAGAUCACGCCUAUGAAUCCUUAAAGAAAGUGGGAUUAAAAAUGGCAACAAAUUUGGCUGUGCGAGAACCUCAGUGUCUAACAUACAAGGGCAUGACUUUUCACAGACACAAUCCUCCAAAAAUGUACAGCUAUCCUAUGCUUGGACUAGGUGGUAAUUUUGGAGGUCCUCAAGUAACAGAACGAAGUUUCUUUCCAGAAACAUGGAUUUGGCAACUUUCUGAAGUUGGGGACUCUGGAUCAACACAGUUUCCUGUCAAGGUUCCUGACACCAUCACCACCUGGGAGACGGAUGCUUUCUGUCUGUCCUCCAAAGGUUUGGGUUUGGCUCCUCCUGCUCAGCUGACAGUUUUCCAGCCCUUCUUCCUGGAGCUUUCUCUGCCUUACUCCAUCAUCCGUGGGGAGAUCUUUGAACUGAAGGCUACCGUCUUUAACUAUCUGUCCAAAUGUAUCAUGGUUAAAGUAACUCCAGCUCCAUCUUCAGACUUCACUCUUAAAGCCUCCUCUGAUGAUGACCAGUAUUCAUCCUGUCUGUGUGCUAAUGGAAGAAAAACCUUUAAAUGGAUUCUCACUCCUUCUGUUCUUGGAGUGUUGAAUAUAACAGUGAGUGCAGAGGCAGAGCAGUCACAGACUGUGUGUGACAAUGAGAUUGUGAGCGUGCCAGAGAGAGGACGCAUUGACAUAGUUACUCGAAGUCUCCUUGUACAGGCUGAAGGGACUGAAAAGACAGAGACUCACAGCUGGUUACUGUGUCCAAAGGGUAACAGUCUUUCAGAAGAGCUGGAUCUGACGCUUCCUAAAGAUGUGAUAGAGGGAUCAGCAAGAUCUUCAGUUUCAGUCAUUGGAGACAUAUUGGGUCGUGCACUGCAGAAUCUUCAUGGAUUAUUAAGAAUGCCGUACGGCUGUGGAGAACAAAACAUUGCUGUUCUGUCUCCCAAUAUUUACAUUUUACAGUAUCUGGAAAACACAAAGCAACUCACUUCAGCCAUCAGAGAGAGAGCCACAGGCUUCCUGAAGAGUGGAUAUCAGAGACAGCUGAACUACAAACAUAGAAGUGGUGGAUACAGUACAUUCGGCCGUGGUGAAGAGAAUACAUGGUUGACAUCUUUUGUCCUGAGGUCUUUUGGCAAAGCACAAAAGUACAUAUUCAUUGAUCCAGAUGUUAUUAAAAGUGCAAAGAAUUGGUUAAUAAGCAGGCGCAGUACAGAUGGUUGUUUUAUUCAACAAGGAAGUUUGUUCAACAACAGAAUGAAGGGUGGAGUUAAUGAUAAUAUAACCAUGACUGCUUACAUCACUGCAUCAUUACUUGAACUGGAAACUCCAGUCACAGAUCCUGUGGUCGCUCAAGGUUUGUCCUGUUUGAGGUCCAUCAUUGGGAAUCUUAAAAACACUUACAGCACUGCGCUGCUUGCCUACACUUUCAGUCUGGCGAAUGACACGGACACCAGACAGCAGCUUUUAAAGGAACUGGAAAAUCUUGCCAUUUCAGAAGGGUCUCAGCUUCACUGGUCUCAGUCAGGAUCUGUUGAUGAUUCUGGUUCUCUGUCAGUGGAGAUCAGCUCAUAUGUUCUGCUAGCUGUUCUCACAUCAGAUUCAGUCACUACAGUUGAGUUGGGUUAUGCGAACAGGAUCGUCAGCUGGCUUGUCAAGCAGCAGAACGCCUAUGGAGGAUUCUCAUCUACACAGGACACAGUUGUGGCUCUUCAGGCUUUGUCUUUGUACGCCACCAAAGUCUUCAGCUCUGAUGGUUUCAGUACAGUGACGGUUCAGUCAGCAGGAGACUCUCACAACUUUGAUGUGAAUCAGGACAACAAGUUACUGUAUCAGGAGAAGAAACUGACCAAUGUUCCUGGCAAAUACAGUAUUGAAGUGAAAGGCUCGAGCUGUGUGUCUGUGCAGAUGGCUCUGUUUUACAACAUUCCCACUCCCACUGAAGAUAAAACAUUGACCGUUGAAGCUACGCUUGAGGCUGUUUGCAAAAAAUCAUCCACACAACCACAAAAUUUGAAAUUUACAGUCAAAUAUAAUGGUCCACAGGAAACUACUAACAUGGUCAUUGUGGAUAUUAAGCUCUUAUCAGGAUUCACAGCUGACACAUCAUCGAUGUUUGCACCAUUUGUGGAGCGGGUGGAUACUAAAGAUGAUCAUGUCCUUGUAUAUUUUAAGGGGAUUCCAAAAAAUCUCCCUUUGAAAUAUCGGAUACAAUUAAAACAGAUUCUUCCAGUCAAGAACCUCAAGCCAGCUGUGAUCAAAGUCUAUGAUUACUACCAAACAAGUGAUCAGUCAGAGACCGAGUACUCCUUCCCAUGUGAAUAAUGCAGAUCAUUGCCCCCUUGGAUGAAGUUCAAGUUGAAACUAAAAUUAUAUUUUAUAUUUUCAGUUUGUUUGUUCUUUAUUUUAAGAAAAAAUAAAGUGUUACUACAUGAAGGUAUUAAAA